AAAGUAGGCAAUGAUUCCAUAUACCGUUAUAUUCCAUUUUUAUCGGAAUCGCUUGGUCUUUUGUUAGUGCGUGAAUUUAUAUUAAGCCGUAGAAAUGCUCAACGUUUUAGACUUCGUGUUCCUGAAUCUCGCUAUCUCGGUGACUUUUACCGGUGUUUUAAUAAAAAAAUUCGGAGAUUAUGUUCCUGCUUUCAUAAAAAAAAGUUUCUCCUAUGGUUCCUUCGCUUAUCAAGGAUCGGAAGCGAACUUUUUACAAAUAAUUGAAAUACCUAAAGCUUACUACAGACAUUUUUAUUUAUUUUCGUCAAUUUUCAGUGUUUUAUCAUUAUUUUAUAUGAUAUUCGUUUAUUUUCUCGGCUUUAGUGUAAACGAAUAUCUCUUUACCGCAUUGAAUUAUAUUCUACUCGAAGAUCAAACCCCUGUAUCAAUCACAGCAGCUCUUUUGGCACUCUCUCUUCUCACCUUGCAAUGCCUACGGAGACUAUAUGAGACGUAUUAUUUACAAGUAUUUGCAAAGUCCAGCAAAAUGAACAUUAGCCACUAUUUCGCUGGAAUCAUACACUAUUUUGCAUGUAUAGUUGUGUGUGUUGGACAAGCACCACUGUUUUGUGGAAGUCAAAAUAGAGAAAAAGUGACAUGGAUUGAUACAAAAACUACAAUUUUAUUUGUACCCUGUACCUUAAUCUUCCUUUGGUGUUGGUAUGAACAGUAUCAAACAAACAUCAUAUUUGCAUAUCUCAGAAAAGACAAAAAAUCAAAUAAAAUUGUUACAGAAGACCAUCGUGUACCUAAUGGGAGAAUGUUUAAAUAUGUUUCGAGUCCCCAUAGAAUGUGUGAGAUAAUAAUGUACACUGUUUUAGUAUUUUUAAUAACAACAAAGACUUUUGUGUGCAUUUAUUUAUGGGUUUUGUCUAAUCAGAUACAAACAGGCAUCCAUGCCCAUGAAUGGUAUAAGAAAACAUUCAAGAACUAUCCAGCGAAGAGAACUGCAGUCUUCCCUUAUGUACUGUAAAGUAAACACUAAGUUACAAACAUGCAUUUUUUCAGCAAAUUUGUGAAACAGUAUUUGUUUCAGAGGCUUUAGCUACAAAUCAAUAAUUUAAAAGUUUUCUAAAUGUUGUUAAAUCUAUUUUCCCAGCUGUUUGUAUUUUAACAUGGUGUAUAUACAUUUGUGAUAUGAUGGUGGAUGU